GCGCAGGCGCAAGGAGCUGGCGCAGGCGCGUGGGCGGCGUGCUCUGAGGCUCCAGGCUCCCUCCCGCCCCUGGCCAGGUGGGAAGGGGUCAAAAUGGCGGCCGCCGGCGCUGUGGCUACUCGGCUGCUCCUGCUCUUGCUGGUGGCGGCUGCAGCUCCCAGCCGGGCGCGGGGUAGCGGCUGCCGGUCCGGGACCGCUCUGCGGGGGGCGGGGGCAGAAGGUCGAGAGGGUGAGGGCUGCGGCACCGUGGGGCUGCUGCUGGAGCACUCAUUUGAGAUCGAUGACAGUGCCCACUUCCGGAAGCGGGGCUCACUGCUCUGGAACCAGCAGGAUGGCACUUUGUCCCUCUCGCAGCGGCAGCUCAACGAGGAGGAGCGGGGCCGGCUCCGGGAUGUGGCAGCCUUGAAUGGCCUGUACCGUGUCCGGGUCCCUCAGCGCCCUGGGGCCCCUGAUGGCCCAGAAGCUGGCAGCUACGUCUCCUCCUUUGUCCCCGCGUGUUCGCUGGUGGAGUCGCACCUCUCGGACCAGCUGACGCUGCAUGUGGAUGUGGCUGGCAACGUGGUGGGCAUGUCGGUGGUGACGCACCCCGGGGGCUGCAGGGGCCACGAAGUGGAAGAUGUGGACCUGGAGCUGUUUAACACUUCAGUGCAGCUGCAGCCGCCAGCCACCGCCCCAGGUCCUGAGACGGCCGCCUUCAUCGAGCGCCUGGAGAUGGAGCAGGCCCAGAAGGCCAAGAACCCCCAGGAACAGAAGUCCUUUUUCGCCAAAUAUUGGAUGUACAUCAUUCCCGUCGUCCUGUUCCUCAUGAUGUCAGGAGCGCCGGACGCCGGGGGCCAGGGAGGGGGUGGCGGUGGGGGUGGCGGUGGAGGCAGUGGCCGCUGAGGGGCCUGUCGGCGCCCUGGUCCUGUCAUCCAGGCAGCUCCCUUCUUGCUCAGAGAGCCCGUGUCCUUGGUGGUCCCGGGAAGGAUUUUCGAGCCGCUCCCGUCUCCGUCCCAGGAGGCUGGCAGGACACCCCUCCCCAGGAGUCCUUUCCCUCUAGUCCUUGCUGUGUCUCUGGGCGCAGGCCGCGCUCCAGUGCGCCCUGCCGUCCACCAUGGCCCCUCCGCAGCCCCCAAGGCUUCCCUGUGCCCACAGCAUGGAGCCCGAGCUUCGGGGCCAGCUCUGCCCCUGCGUUUGCCUCCCCGUUUCCCCCGAGCCUCACAGUUUGGGAACAUGCCGAGUUCUCUCCAGCCUCUGUGCCUUUGUUGGUCAUCUUCUCGUGCUGCCUGUCCCCGGUCGGGCGAGAUGGUCUCCUAACUUGUCUGACACUGGAGUGGGCCACGCGCUUCCCACCUGUCUGCCCUUGAGGGGCCUGGUGCAGAGCAGGGGUGGGCUGGCCAGGGGUGCCCCCCCGCCAGGCUCCGUUCCUCCCAGCAGCCCUGCCUUGGGACGCUGCCCGGCCUUUAUCUGGCCCUGACCCUGGCCCUGGCCCUGACCCUGGCCCUGGCCCUGGCCCUGUGCAGUUCAGGCAGCCUUGUCAGGAUGCCAGGCCUUCUGUAGGCAUUGGGGUGUGAAGAAAUUACGUUUAAAGUGAAAACAGAACUAAUGUUUAGUGGAGCCCAGGGCCGGAUGAUGUAAAUAGACCCUGUUCGCCUGUCCGGAAUGUCCUCCCUGGGUCUGGGCACUGGGAGGCGCCUGCCUGGCCUUUGCUAUUUAUCACCUCCCCACCCUCUGUCUAUUUAAAACCAUUAAAAAAUAUAUUGAAACACA